AAGGAGAGGAAAUAUGGAUUUGUGUGGAAAUGUUGACUGAAUGCAACAUCUGUGGAGGUCGGCCACCAUGUCUAAAGCGACGGUGAAGAAGCUGCACUGGCGCUCCAAGGUUCAGGAGAGUUUUGUACCGCUUGGCGGCGGCUCUGGAGAACUGGGUCUGGCCAUUGGGGGCGGGGCAGACUAUGGAGAGUUCCCAUUUGUCACUGUAGCCUCAGGGGGAGGAGCCACAGUGGGCGACAUCAUCCUAGAGAUCGGAGGGACGCCCGUGCUUGGGAUGACCCUCGGUGAUGUCAGAGGAGUCCUCAACUCCUGUCCUCAUCCAAUCAGAAUCAAGACCGUGUCUCCAGGCUCAUCCCUCUGUAAGGACCUCAGGUUGUACCUCAGUAAGUGCUUCACUCCAGGAUCCAUGGACAGUCAGCUGCAGCAGCUCAUCAGAGAGAACCUGUACCUGCGCGCCGUGCCCUGUACGACCCGGCAGCCUCGGGACGGGGAGAUCACAGGUGUGGAUUACAACUUUGUGUCCAUUGAGGAGUUUUUCUCUCUGGAGGAGUCUGGAGCGCUGCUCGAGAGCGGCAAGUUCAAGGGAAACUACUAUGGCACGCCCCGCCCAGUCCACAUCGGACCAGAGAGUCCGCCAAUCACAUACCAGGAACAUCGCAACCUGCUGAGGAACUUCAGGACAAGGAGCAAGUCAUUAAGCAACCUGGAGAAAGCCGUUGAGGAAGGCGAGAACAGCGAGGAGGACAGUGGGCUGCCCGGUUUGGCUGGAGCCCCGACCAAGACCCUGCCUCUCAGCCAAUCAUGGGAGUCUAAAGUUGGGAGUUGGGAGGGAACACACAAUGGAGGAGGAGCAGGAAGAGGAGGAGGAGGAGGAGAAAGAGGAGGAGGAGGUCCACUACCUGAGAACUGGGAGGUGGCCUUCAGCGAUUCAGGAGAACCGUACUACAUUGAUCAUACCUCCAAGACAACCAGCUGGCUGGACCCUCGAAGUCACAACAAAGAGACAAUCUGCACAGAACUUCCAGAGUUCACGGAGCAGCCGGGCCAGCUGAAAGGUUAUUCCAUCCACACGCGGCUGUCUAAAGGACCUCGAGGAUUCGGAUUCAACAUUGUGGGAGGAAGUCGACCCAGAGAAUUUCUGCAGGUGUACAGUGUCACACCUGGUGGUCCACCAGCACUGAACACAGCAGACAUCCUGGUCUACAUCAAUGACAGCUGUGUGUUGGGACGCUCUCAUAAAGAGGUGGUAGAGAUGCUGAAGUCGGUUCCCAUGGGGCAGAGCGUGGACGUGGUGCUGAGGAGAGGAUACCCGAUGCUCUACAACCCCGAUGGAUGUCCCAAACAGAGUCUGGACAUGCAGCCACAGACACCCAGCGAUCCCCCGAACCCGCCCGGUCUGUCCCAGCUCAAUCACAGUGUACCGCACCUCGGCUACAGUCGCACGCUGGACGCCAACGGCAACACGCCAGGGAUAGGCCAAACCCCGUCCUCCUAUGCUGCUCAGCCAAUGACUAACGGGCUGGCAGGCCCACCCACUCCGACAUCUGCUGACCCGCCACCACCACCAGAAAGGACAGCAACCAAUCACAGCGAGUCUGAGGGUACCCUGUCCAACGCCGGCUCGCGAAGGUCUUCUCUGAUUCGCUACAGCAGCAGCACUCUUCCUGCCCUCUCCUCCACCUCCUUUCUCCACCACCAGAGCUCCAAGUCUUCAGAGAGCGACUUGUCUUCAUCCACACUUCCCAUCUACUCCUCCAAACUCCCACUUUCCUCCUCCUCCUCCACGCUCCCAACUUUCUCCUCCUCCUCCGCACUCCCAACUUUCUCCUCCUCCUCCUCCACACUGCCUGCCUCCUCCUCAAACAUCCUGUCCAAGGUGCCCCUCUCUCAGACUGAACCGGAGCCCUUCCACCCCUCCACCAGCCCCUCCUCUGCCACCACAUCACUCGGCGGCCCUUUGCAGCGCCCCCUGGUCCCCCAGACCUCCCUCGCUCUGAGCCUAUCAAGAGAUGUUCCACCAUGUGGCUUUAAUGGAUGUCCAGCCAGUCACCAUCCUCGCUCCUCCACAUCACGAACUAACUCGGGGCUUGUGCCUCCUGCUGGCGCGGGGAUGCCUGGGUCAACCCCUGGUGGGGAGCUUGUGCCAGUAGCCCUGGGACGCACUGAGGGUGGGGGACUUGGCUUCAGCGUGACAGCAGGUGGACAAAGGGGCCAGCAGGCAGUGGUUAGGCGAGUUUGGGAUCGAAGGCAGUGCUCCUCCCUGCAGCCAGGUGACGCUAUAGUCAAGAUCAAUGGAGCAGAUGUGCAGAGCCUCAGCUUCUCCCAGGUCCAGAGAGUGCUACAGGAACACACCAAACAAGGAGAGGUGGUACUGCUGGUCUACAGAGGAGAUUCAGUCUCCUCACCCGUCAUUACGGCCAACCUUUACAAGUCCCUCCCCUCCCCUCAGGGCCUUGCAACCCCCUCGUCCCACUCGCCCUCGUCAACCGACAUGCCUUCCCCAAACACAAGUGCCUUGGUUGGGGGCGUCCCCCCACUCAGUCAAGCUGGGUUGGCUCUCGAGAGUCCUCAGGAGGGCGCCGUACCAGCGCCAGGCUCCCAGCAAGGUGCCCCUCCAUCCCAGACACUUAAUGGGCCCCAGGUGUCAGCUCUCAUCCAGAGCACUAGCUUCCUGGAUUCAGUUCCUGUGACACUGACCUUAGAGCCACGUGACUUGAUGGGAGUUGAAGACAGUGCUGUUGGGCCUCUGCCAAUCAGAAAUGGAAAUGGAGACAUGCUUGGUGCAGUGGUCAAGGAUGAGAGAGAAGGAGGAAAGGCGACUGAGGUGGACCUCAGGAGGCGGCAGGGAGAAGGCUUUGGGUUUGUGAUCGCAUCCCAGGAGGUGGCUGGUGGGGCCCCCUCCCUGAUGUCCCACCGCUUUGUGACGGUACGGCGUGGCAGUCCAGCGGCACGAAGCGGUCAGAUCCAGCCGGGUGACCAGCUGGAGGCAGUAGAGGGUCGGCCAGUCAGAGGCCUGCAGCAUCGAGAUCUGGCUCAGAUCCUGAGGAGGGCGGGCAACACGCUGAGGCUGAGCAUCACACCACGGCAACAUGCUUCCUCUGUCUCAGGAUCAAACCUGGUGGACACGGACGGCAGGACGAGGAAGGGGACCAGAGGGAGGCCAAAGGACGAGUCCCAGUUCUACAAUGUGGACCUGGAACGAGGCCCGACAGGGUUUGGGUUCUCUCUCCGAGGAGGCAGCGAGUACAAUAUGGGGCUGUACGUGCUGGGACUGAUGGAUGGGGGGCCAGCCCAGCGCAGCAACAAAAUACAGGUGUCGGAUCAGCUGGUGGAGAUAAACGGCGACAGUACAACGGGGAUGACCCACAGUCAGGCCGUGGAGCAGAUCAGACGAGGACGACAUCGGAUACACCUUGUCCUCAAGAAGGGAAACGGAUACGUCCCCGACUACGGCCCUGAAGGAGGAGCCUUCUCCCCCUCCUCCUCUUCACACACAGAGGAGAAUGAUGUGGCUGCAGCAACCAUGACAACCACCUCCUUCAGCCAACUGACGGAAGGAGGAGGAGGAGAGAGGAGAAGAAAAGAAGAAGGGAGGCUGAACACUCUGGAUUCAAAUACUGCAGGAGGAGAAACCAACAGAAUAGGAGGAGCAGGAAAGGCGGGGACUCCUGAUUUGGACCUGGACAUGAUAGAGGAGGAGGCACAGGAGAAGGAGAGGAGGGUUGAGGAGAAACAAGAGGGUAGGAAAACAAAGAAAGAGAAAGAUGGGGGUAGAAAGAGGAGUCAGAGUGAGCGACAGCGGGAGAACCGAGGAGAUGAGAGGAGGAGUAAAAGCUUACCCAGGAAUGUUUCUGUAAGCCAAGACAGGAUAAAAGACGAACAGGAGGAGAUAAUGAUGAGAGGAAGAAGGAGUCAGCAAAAAGGAAGCAGAGGAGGAGUGAGAAAAAAAGCAAGAAGAAAGUAAGAGACCAUGACAGAGAGGAGGAGAGGGAGGGAGGGAGGAAGAGGAGUCAGCAUUAACGAAAGAGAGCAGGAGGAAGGUAAGAGAGCCUGAGCGAAGGGAGGAGAGAGGAGCGAGGGAAAACGAAGACCAAGCAGCUGAAAGUCAGGUGCA